AUGCAGAACCACAGCCUGGGCGAGCUUUUUGACGGGACGAGGGAGGAUAUUGCGAAAAACAUACUUGCAUCAGGUGACUCGCCAUUCGCGAGUUCGUCAUUUACACAGCCCCUGGUGCGCAAGAAUUCUCAGGGAGGGAAUAUGGUCCCUUGCGAGGGCUCAAACUUCCCGAAGGCGAAGGAGAGUCCGGCAAAUAUCGAAGUUCUGAAAGCGUGGCGAACGAUCACGUCGCAUCCUCAGUUUAAGGUGGGUGACGCGGAUAUCAAUGAGCUAUGCACUGAGUUUACGAAGAAGGCACGGUGUGACGGGAAAAAGAUCGUUUUAGAGCCAGAGGGUGUGCAUGAUAUCUUGGAGACAUUCAAAGCAAAGUCGUUGGCUCAGAAGCAGCAGCAACAACAGUUAAAGGAAAUGUUGUCCUUGUAG